AUGCCGAAGCUACCGCACGACGAGUGCGGGAGCUGCGCUAACAGGUUUGUCGGGAAGCAGCAAUUCUUGGAAUGUUGUGGAUGUAAUUGUGCAUUUCACUGCAAGUGCAUCAACGUGGGCCUAACCGAGUAUAAAGUACUGAUUGCUGAAAUCAAAUUUCUGAGAGCUGAGAACCGGGAGUUGCGUUCUGAAUUUCGAUGCCAGCGACAGGUGUGGGUGCUGUGA